ACACCACACCGACGGCAGCGUGCGGCUCGCAGGGAGCACGGCCCUCCCACCCCCAUCCCUUCUGCCUCCGCCCUUCACAGCAGCAUGGCCCGACUGUCCCGACUCUGACACGAUGGAGGGCGAUGAUGCAGCCGGCCUGGACAGCCGCCAUGAGUCUCCCACUGAGCGGGUGGGCCGUAGGCGGAGCAUGCCUGGCGGCACCAUGGACAAGGCCCCGCCCAUCACUGAAGCCGCCGCCUCCACUCCCUUCAGAGUGACGGGCUUCCUGAGCCGUCGACUGAAGAGCUCCAUCAAACGUACGAAGAGCCAGCCCAAGCUCGACCGGCACAGCAGCUUUCGGAACAUCCUGCCAGCCUUCAGGAGUGCCGACAAUGACAGAUCCCAUCUGAUGCCGAGGCUGAAGGAGUCGCGCUCUCACGAGUCGUUGCUCAGUCCCAGCAGUGCAGUCGAGGCCCUGGACCUCAGCAUGGAGGAGGAGGUGAUGAUCAAACCCGUGCACAGCAGCAUCCUGGGACAGGACUUCUGCUUCGAGGUGACCACAUCGACAGGAAGCAAAUGUUUCUCUUGCCGGUCAGCCGCAGAGAGGGAGAAAUGGAUGGAGAACCUAAGGAGAGCUGUGCACCCCAACAAGGACAACAGUCGUCGGGUGGAAAACAUGCUUAAAUGUUGGAUUAUCGAAGGCAAGGACUUUCCCGCCAAGAAAAAGUACUUCUGUGAACUGUGUCUCGACGACGCCCUCUACGCACGGACUACCUGCAAGUUGAAAACGGACAACGUCUUCUGGGGCGAGCACUUUGAGUUCAACAACCUGCCGUCUGUCAAGAGCGUCACCGUGCACAUCUACAAGGAGACGGACAAGAAGAAGAAGAAAGACAAAAACAACUACGUGGGGCUGGUGAGCAUGCCCGUUGCUGCUGUCACGGGCCGCCAGUUCGUGGAGAAGUGGUACGCUCUCAGCACGCCCAACCCCAGCAAGGGCAAGGGCCCGGCGCCUGCGGUGCGCAUGAAGUGCCGCUACCAGAGCAUGAGCAUCCUGCCCAUGGAGCUGUACAAGGAGUUUGCAGAGUACAUCACCAACAACUACAUGCUGCUGUGCUCCGUGCUGGAGCCGGCGCUCAGUGUCAAGAGCAAGGAAGAGAUGGCCGCCGCCCUCGUGCACAUCCUGCAGAGCACCGGCAAGGCCAAGGACUUCCUGACGGACCUGAUGAUGUCCGAGGUGGAUCGCUGUGGGGACAACGAGCAUCUCCUCUUUCGGGAGAACACACUGGCGACCAAAGCCAUCGAGGAGUAUCUCAAACUGGUGGGCCAGAAGUACCUCCAGGAUGCCUUGGGUGAGUUCAUCAAAGCCCUGUAUGAGUCAGAUGAGAACUGUGAAGUGGAUCCAUCCAGGUGCUCCUCCAGCGACCUGGCAGAGCACCAGGGCAACCUGAAGAUGUGCUGUGAGCUGGCCUUCUGCAAGAUCAUCAACUCCUACUGCGUGUUCCCACGUGAGCUGAAGGAGGUCUUCGCCUCCUGGCGGCAGGAGUGCGGCAGCCGCGGCCGGCCCGACAUCAGCGAGCGUCUGAUCAGCGCCUCACUGUUCCUGCGCUUCCUGUGCCCCGCCAUCAUGUCACCGUCUCUCUUCCAGCUCAUGCAGGAGUACCCGGACGACCGCACGGCGCGCACGCUCACGCUCAUCGCCAAGGUCACACAGAACCUCGCCAACUUCACCAAGUUUGGCAGUAAGGAGGAGUACAUGUCCUUCAUGAACCAGUUCCUGGAGCACGAGUGGACCAACAUGCAGCGCUUCCUGCUGGAGAUCUCCAACCCGGAGACCAUCUCCAACACGGCCGGCUUCGAGGGCUACAUCGACCUGGGCCGCGAGCUUUCCACGCUCCACUCCUUACUGUCCGAAGCCGUGGCUCAGCUUGACCAGAGCGCAGCCGCCAAGCUGGGGCCCCUGGUGCGCAUCCUGCGGGACGUGAGCCUGGCCCUGAACAAUCCUGGCGGGGCGUCCAUGUCGUCGCCCACUGAGCGCGUGGCCUCGCCCGUUCUGCCCAGCUGUAGCACCUCCACGGGCCUCCAGAAGCUUGUCAUGGACACCGAGCUCACGGGGCUCGUGGAUUUCACCAGGUUGCCCUCUCCCACCCCUGAGAACAAGGACCUGUUUUUUGUGACGAGAAACUCCAUGAUCCAGCCCUCACCGGCACGCAGCUCCAGUUACUCGGAGGCUAACGAGCCGGACGUGCAGAUCCCCAAUGGCAGCAAGAGCCUGUCCAUGGUGGACUUGCAGGACACCCGUGGCCUGGAGGGGGGCCCGAGCACCUCAUCCAGCGACCCCGCCCCUGACGGUCAGGGGGCCGGCGCGUGGAACGGCCGCACGCUCAAAGGGUCGGCGCUCGCGGGGCCCGCCCCGAGGAAGACGGGCCAGACGCCCGCCACACCGAGCACAGAGAAUGCCCCGGGCCGGCUUCAGCUCCUAGCACCUCUCUCCUUCCAGAACCCCGUGUACCAGAUGGCAGCAGGCUUGGCCAUGUCUCCUCGUACCCCCACCACGACCCCCACCCCCACCCCCGCCCCCGCCCCCGCCCCCGCCCCGGCCACUGACUCGGGCUCCGAGUGUCACAGUUCGGUCAGCUCACAGGGCAAUGUAGAGGACGCGGCAACCGCGGGGCCCAAGCACCUGUCCACUGCCCAGGGUGGAGGAGCAGGAGCAAGCAGCGGUGGGAGCAGCGGCGACGAGCUCACCCGGCGCUCGGGGGAGUUUGCGCGCCGGCAACUGUCACUCACCGAGCCCCAGCAGCAGUCUAACGUUCCCAGGCAGAACAGCGCUGGCCCCCAGCGGCGGAUCGACCAGCCGCCGCCCGCCGUCACCAGAGGGCGCACUCCUCCCAGCAUGCUCAAUGCCGCCCCCUACCCGCGACCCUCCAGCGGGGGCAUGAUGUCCUCGUCAUCGCCUGACUGGCCCAGCAGCGGCGCCCGGCUGAGACAGCAGUCCUCCUCGUCCAAAGGAGACAGUCCUGAGACGAAACCACGCACGCUGCACAAACAGGCCCCAUCCCCAGUGAAUCCCGUUGCCCUGGACCGCACCGCUGCCUGGUUGCUAAAUAUGAAUGUGCAGUAUCUGGAGCAGGAGGGAAGUGACCCAGAUUCCAAACACAGGGAGGACCUCCCAGCCAAGGAGGAGCUCACGCAGGCCGAGAAGUAUCAGCAGGAGAUAACUGUGCUGCAGGAGCGUCUGCGUCUGUCCCUGAAGCGUCUGGAGGAGUACGAGACGCGCCUGCAGGGUCAGGAUGAUCACAUGCACAAAAUGCUCCUGGAGUACCAGGCGCGCCUGGAGGACACAGAGGAGCGUCUGCGCCGGCAGCAGGAGGACAAGGAACUGCAGAUGAAGAGCAUCAUCACCAGGUUAAUGUCCGUGGAGGAGGAGCUGAAGAAGGACCAUGCAGAAAUGCAGUCCAUCGUUGACUCCAAACAAAAGAUCAUUGAAGCUCAGGAGAAGCGCAUAGCGUCUCUGGACGCUGCCAACGCUCGCCUGAUGAGUGCCCUGUCGCAGCUGAAGGAGCGCUACAGCAUGCAGACGCGGAACGGCAUCUCGCCCACCAAUCCCAGCAAGCUGCAGAUCACGGAGAACGGCGAGUUUCGCAGCAGCAGCAACUGCUAGUGGGGCCCUGACGACACCCCAAAGGGCUAUGGGUAACGCCAACCGUGGAGAGCAAUCGUGCGUUCCGGCUCCAGCGUCCUUCACGCCAUUACAAACUCGCUCCUGAAGAUGUCUGCGGUCGUUGAGAGUGAAACGUUAAAUCAUCGGAUUUGGAUUUCAUAAGCACUCGGAUGGACGAAUUUGAUUGGUUGUUAGUAGACUCGACGGUAAAUUCAGUGAAGUACAAAUAACCAGAAAACUGCGUCCCUGAGAUUUUGAUACUGCGCUGACUGUUUUUUGUUUGUUUUUAAAGUACACAUGAUGUCGCUUGUAUGCUUUGUUGCAUUGUGUGUGAUUUUAGACUCACAAGCUAAGCAAAGAUGUCGAACUGAAUGGGUCUCCCUGCAGAUCCACUUCUUCUCACUCUCAGUCUGACCAGACCCAACCCAGCUCCAUCCGGCGUUGCUAAACUGCGCAUUUGCUUUUCAUUUCACAUUUAAAGGUUGUACUUAGCAGCAUGACAGUAAUACAAACCUAUAUUAUUAUUUGUCAAGGCACUUUUUAUAAGUGUUUCUACGUGACAGAUUUUCUGGUUGACCACGACCAAAAAAAA